ACUGCACCUGCUGAGGUGUGCCUGUCUUAAGGCACCUGUUUCAUCAGCCAAUCAGACUCAUCGCUGUACAAGAGCCCACCUGUCAGAGAAAAUACCUGUACACCAAUCCUGCAGCACAUAUCCAACACUUCAUUCUACAGGGAAUGUCUCAGCUUAACCACAAUUAGACAAGAAAGAAGAAGUCACAAGAACUUGUAUCACAGUCACUGCUGAGCCUUGGAAGACAAUGUCUAAUGAACUUGACUACCGGCCAGUCAUGCUUCUACAGAAUGACAGCAUAAACCUUCAGAAGUAUCCCUACUCCAGUGAAGAUGAAGCUUGGUCUAAGUAUUUGGACAAUCCUAUGACAGCAGCAACCAAAGCAAUGAUGAGAGCAAAUGGGGAUGAUGACGGAGUUGCUGCACUGAGUCUCCUCUAUGAUUACUACAGGGUACCAAGAGAAAAAAGACUAAUUUCACCCAGUUCAACAGAACGCUGCGAACAAGUAAAAAGGAGCUGCAUUGAAUAUGAUUCUGACAUUUCAUCCUUUGAAAAUCCAACCCAGCUUCUGAAAUUUGUUACUGAUAAUUCAUCCUCUGCUCAAGAAUAUACAGAAACACACAAAAAAAACAACUAUCUAACAUUGGACUGCCUCAUUAAUCCUACAAAACUGACUUUACCAGCAAAUAGCAGCAAGCUAACCAAUGACACACAUGACGACUUCAUGACUAGAUCAUGUGAUGUGUAUGAAAAGAAUCCACUGAACACUCUCUUCGAACCGCUACAUGUACCACAACCACAACAGAGAUGGCAGCCGGACAGCACCUUCAAAGAAGACUCACCAGAGCCUCUGAUAUUCAGUGACAUACUUAGGACUCAAGCAGAGUCCACUUGUUCUGAAGACUACCUAUCUGGAGAAACAAAUCAUGACUUUGAGUACACACUGGAAUCCCCCAAAGCUAUUCAUGUAAAGUCUGGAGAUUCUCCAAUGGCAUAUCUCAACAAAGGACAAUUUUACCCUGUCAACCUGGGGAUGACAAACACCAGAAAAUGUCUGCAGAUGUCUUCUAAUAAAGUCAAGAGUGUUGUAAUGGUAGUCUUUGACAAUGAGAAGAACCCAGAAGAACAGCUAAAACGUUGGAAGCAUUGGCAUUCCAGGCAGCCAACAGCUAAGCAGAGGGUCAUUGAUGUUGCUGACUACAAAGACAACUGCAACACAGUAGAAAGCAUUGAAGAAGUAGCAUACAAUGCUUUGUCCUUUAUGUGGAACAUCAAUGAAGAAGCUAAAAUAUUUGUUGGCAUCAAUUGUCUGAGUACAGAUUUCUCAUCUCAGAAGGGAGUCAAGGGUGUGCCUUUAAACCUCCAGAUUGACACUUAUGACUACGACACUGGAGUGAAGAGACUCAUUCACCGGGCCGUCUGCCAGAUCAAAAUAUUCUGUGAUAAGGGUGCGGAACGUAAGAUGCGGGAUGAGGAACGGAAGCAGUUUAGAAGGAAAGGAAAGGGUGCAGAUGCAAGCAAAGAUAUCAAAACAAAUGUGCUCCCAGGAUACAGAGGAACAGAUAUCACAUACUUCAGACCAGUGACGGAUAUGGAAAGCCAACCAGUCUUAUUCAUCCCAAAUGUUCAUUAUUCCAAUCUUCAAAGAUGUGGCAUUGUACUUCCUGCUGCUACAGAUAAUAAUGACAGGUUAGCACUAAAGAGAAGCUGUCAGUCAUUUACAGAUGCCUUUGAUGUACCACCUUCCAAGCAACAGGCAACAGAAGACUCUCAAAGAGUGCUAUUAUAUGUACGAAGGGAAACAGAAGAAGUUUUUGAUGCCCUUAUGUUGAAAACACCAGACCUCUCGGGUUUACGGAAAGCAAUCUCAGAAAAGUAUUGUGUCCCAGAAGAAAGGAUCUGCAGAGUCUACAAGAAAUGUAAAAGAGGGAUCCUGGUGAACAUGGACAAUAACAUCAUCCAGCAUUACAGCAACCAUAUGGCUUUCCUGUUUGACUUGACGGAUGUAGAUGGAAAGAUUCAAGUUACACUUAAAGAAUUAUAACAUUCCUUUUGGACACGCCUAAAAGACUCAUGAGCCAAGGGAUGAGACCCCAGCAAAA